CAAAGUCACUGUAAUGUAUGUGGGUAGAUUUAGGUUUCUACAAUAGAGGGUAGAUUUCUCACAUUGUUUGUCGAUGGAUUAAACGUAAUACUGAACGGACGUGUUUUGUGAUCUCCUCAUAUCCUGGAUUCCCUAGACCCUCGGCAGAAACUCUUCAGUGGCGACGAGAACAAUUGGACAUCAGUGCAUUUGAUAAGUGUUUAGUUUGUGAUAGACAGUGUACGAUAUGCCGGUGGGAAAGGUCGGGCCGUUUGACCUUAACAAUGACAACUGGGAACUGUAUGUUGACCGUUUAGAACAAUAUUUCGUGGCAAACGAGGUUAAAACUGACAUGAAAGUGGCUACGCUGAUAACAGUGAUGGGCGGUGACGCUUAUGAACUAAUGGUGAACUUGUGCACACCCGCGAAACCAGCUAGUAAAACGUAUGAUCAGCUGGUCGAGUUAAUGAAGGGUCAUUUAAAUCCAAAGCCUAGUUUGCUCGCAGAACGUUUUAAAUUCCGUCAGCGUGUGCAAAAACAUGACGAAAAUAUUGCGAACUUCGUAACGGACCUUAAAAAACUUAGUAAGGACUGCAGUUUCACAGGGGAUAGUUUGAAGGAAAACUUGAGAGAUCAGUUCGUGUGCGGUCUGUUAAAUGAUGACAUUAGACAGAAGUUGUUCACGGAGGACGACACGAUCACUUUCGACCGGGCGUACAAGCUCGCCGUGGCCAUGGAGGCGGCCGAGGUCAACGCGGCGCUAGUGGAGGACUGUGCUCGGAGUCGAACCAGCGACAGUAUGCCAGCGAGUGCGACGACAUCGGUGCAUCAUGUGGGUCGGCCCGGCCGAGGCCGGGCGGCGGCGCCGGACGGCGGGCGAGCCGCGGCGGGCCGAGCGAGCCGCGGGAAGAUAACGGGCGGCGGCGGUCCAAGCGCCAUAAGCGGAGCGGAUAGCGGGAAGUGGCGAGGCUUCGGGCAAAACAAUAACACGGAGUUAAAUGGAGCAUGUAAAGUGUGCGGAGCGAAGCAUGAAGCCGACAGAUGCAAAUUUAAGAAAUAUGUCUGUCGAGUGUGUAACCAAGAGGGACACUUAAAAAGGGUAUGUCCUAAGUUGCGGGGAAAUUCGUCUCUAUACAACGUGAGGGAGGAGAAGGGUGUGUAUUGGGAAAAUUCGGACAGCGGAGACAGCAGCGGCAGCGACAGUGAAGAGGUAAACAUUUUUCCGUUAAGUAGCAGCGAUUCGCUUGUAUGUGAACCAUACACCAUAGAUGUUAACAUUGCCGGAAAGUGGUUAAAAAUGGAAAUAGACACCGGUGCUGCGAUUUCGUGUAUAAGUUUAGAGUGUUAUAAAAAGUUAUUCACUCAUUGCAAAUUACAAAGAACUAAUUUAGUGUUGAAUUAUUAUAGUGUAGAUGUUAAGGUAAAACCUGUAGGUAAAAUAACAGCGAAUGUGCAGUGUAAUGGAAUGUGUAAAGAAUUAGACUUAUAUGUUAUUGAAAAUGGUAAAACUAGCCUAUUAGGUAGACGCUGGAUAAGGGCGUUUAAUAUUAUAGAUAGGGCUAAAUUAGAAAGUUUAGAAUGUAAACAAGUGGUUAAUGUAAACAAGUUGUUUGAUGAGACGGAAUUUAGUUCCAGAUACUGUGAGGUGUUUGCGGAGGGCUUGGGCCGGUUCACGGGCGGCACGGUCGGGUUCCACCUGCGGCCGGGCGCGCGGCCGCUGUUCCUGCGCGCGCGCCCGCUGGCGUACGCGCUGCGCGAGCCGGUGGAGCGCGCGCUCGACCAGAUGGUGCGCGACGGGAUCAUCACGCCGGUCGCCACCUCCGACUGGGCCACGCCUAUAGUCCCGGUAGUUAAGAAAGAUGGCACCAUAAGGGUAUGUGCUGAUUUUAAAUUAACGCUAAAUAAAUGUCUAGAAGUGGACCACUAUCCUUUGCCGAAAGUAGAAGAUUUGCUGACUAAAUUACACGGGGGAAUUAAAUUCACAAAAUUAGACCUGUCGCAAGCUUACGCCCAGUUUGAAUUAAUUUAA